AUGGCAAGUCGAACCACUGCUCAGAGGAGCAGGCGGGCUGUGGUGGACAGGGCUGCGCGACGCGCAAAUGGACUGGAGCCUCCAUCCAUCGCAACACGCCUACCUCCACCGAAGCUGGUGGCAGACUUUCAUCCUUGGAAUGGUCAUCAUGCUGAAGACAUCUUGACCGAGACAGUCGUGAAAGGCGGCUACUUCGACAAGGCGCCUGGGCCCAAUUCUGCCGAAACGAGCUCCGCGAAACCAACAAUAUGGAGCAACCUCAGUGCGAAGAACAACAUGGGCCUGCAGACCCUCUCAUACCUCUUCACAUCAGUCAUGGAAAAGAGACAAGCAAUUGGAAGGGUUACGGCGCCAUCGACAUUCAAGCCGCCUCCUCGUGUCACAGUCACAGAUACAAAGCGUGAGGCAUGGCUGCGAGAUCUUGCGAAUCCUGAUGUUCCACUACGAAAGCAGAGCAGAACCAUCCCUCACGGCGUUCGCGGCAAGUCGCUCAUGGAACAGUGUCUUGGCAAGGACAUACCAAUGCCUCGUGCAGUCUGGCUCGCCAAGUGUGUUGGCGCCAACGAAUUACGAGCUUUCCGUCGAAAAGGUGUCAGUGGAGCUGCCGCUGCAACUGGCGAGGCGAAGUGGGUACGCGAGUGGACAGUCAGUGUCGAGCAAUUCUUGGAAGGCGUCAUUGCAUGCUGUGGACAGCCAGCAUGGCAAUUGAAGAUGGACUAUGCC